AUGAUUGAAGUCAUAUGUAACGAUCGUUUGGGUAAGAAAGUUCGUGUUAAAUGUAAUUCUGAAGAUACAAUUGGUGAUUUGAAAAAAUUAAUUGCCGCUCAAACGGGAACAAAAGCAGAAAAAAUUAUCUUAAAAAAAUGGUAUACAAUUUUCAAAGAUCAAAUAUCUCUAGCUGAUUAUGAGAUUCAUGAUGGAAUGAAUUUAGAAUUAUAUUAUCAAUAG